AUGGGUCUGGGUGGCCGGACCUCGUGCAGCGCCGAGCGCGCGGCGGCGGCCUCAGCCUGGCGAGGCGUUUUGGAGGAUCCGUCUUCGCUUCCGGAAGCCCUCCGUCCACAUGCGCACUGUGCCCUCGGAGAUGCUCUCCAGAAGCUGGGCCGGGACCGCCAAGCAGCCGAGGAGUUUACAGCAGCCACAAGAUUGGCACCCAACUUCGCAGCUGCAGCACUACGCCGCGGCACAGCCCUACGGCGGCUUGGGGAUUUCCGAGGUGCCGAAGCCGCCUACAGGAGCGUGCUUCGCCGCUCGAGUGGAGCGCGGCAAGCGACUAUGGCAGAGCUCUCGCAGGCCUGGCUGACCUCGGCGGGUGCCAAGGCCAAGAGCUAUGCCAGAAGUUUUGUGGCCCAUGGCCUACAAGACAAAUUUGCACAGCGCUGUACGUGCGGCGUGCCCGCCACCACGGUGUCCCAGAAAGCCCUGAACCCCGUACCUUUUGCACAAUACUCAGGAAACCUGCUGUUGCUGGCUCUUGCCCUGUGGCUCGGCGGCACAUCGGGGAUUCUAGAGUUUCAAGAGCUUCGAGACAAGAGGCAUGCGGCGAGGUGGCUGUCCUCGGUUUGCCGCCACAGCGCCGCAGGGCAGCCCAUCACCAACUGCGGAGGUGCUUCUGCGGAUGCCGACGCGGCCCGCCGCCCCCUGGCCGAGACUUUGCGGUGGCGUGCGGAGGGCGGGGCGGAGGUUCAGGUGAGCGAUGACAGCGACGAGGCAUGGCUUGCCCGAGCGGCCUUCAACCGCCUCGCCGAUGCACCGCAGUGGGCGCUGGUAGAGGAUAAAUGCAGCCUUGAUCGCCUACUCAAGGACAACCUGGACAGCCGUGUGUUGAGCUUGAUUUGGCCCAGGACCCUCCUCCUCCCUGGGGACUCCCUGGCUGUCUCAAGUGGAGCGCCACUAGGCAAUGGGAAUCGGCUUGCUCUCGGUGGAAGGGGACAGGCUGAUGGGCCCUGCAAAGCCCUGGAUCACAAGUUUGAAGGCUGGUUGGAAAGGAAGCAAGCUUCGACAUCUCAGGCUUCUUUGACGAGCGAGCCUCAGAAAUAA